UUAUAUUUAUUUAUUUUUCAUAAGUAGACAAAAUUAAUAAGGAGAAAUUACAACUCAAUAUUAUUAUUAAUUCGAGCUAAAUAUAACUAUUUUUUUAAUUCAACAAUGCCAUUCUUAGAAGAUAGCGGCAUAGAAAGUGAAGAUAAGUCAUCAUUAUUGGCAGAAGAACAUGAUUUGAAUUACCUAUUGAGAAAUAAUACAGAAGAACAUAUGGCGAACUUAGAUGUUAAAUUUAGUGGGCCAACUUCAAUAAUAACUAAAUCACAGGCUUCAUCUCUUAAAGCAACAAGUUCGUCGCAAACAAAUAUAAGCAAUGAGCCAGAAGAAUCAUUGAAACCACCAAAUACUUGUCGGAUACUUCAAAGAAAACUAGAACUAAAAGUAGAAAGGGCGAAACGAAACUACAGCCACUACCAGGAAACAAAUAAACGGAAAUCUCAGUCUGCCACCCUAAUACCGAUUUCAAGGCUCUCUAUACCUGGAGAUUUUGAACAAAAACCUUUAGUCGAUUAUAAAUCUGAAAGUGAUGAUUGCGAGGAGAUUUCUUUCUUCCCAAAUGAACAUCAUAAAGUACGAUCCAAACGACAGGCAGAACUUUCAGAUACUUUCAGCAUUCAAGAAAUGACUAUUGAUUCGGAUUUGGAGUCAAACGACUCCCAGAAUUUGGAAUUAUUAACACCACAUUUGAAGAGAAGCUUUAUAGAUUACUUAGCGAUGUGCUUAUGCUUUCACCAGUCAAGUUAAAAAUGUUAAAUGGUGCAAUUUUCCACAAAAAUUAUCGUAUAUAAUAUGUGAUGGAAUUCGAUCGAUUUGAAAGUGUGUGAUGAAUUUCAAUCAAAGAAUGUUUUUUUAUUUUCUUACAAAAUACUGCAAACAUAAUAAAAUACUUCCUAUAUAAAACCACA